CUCACAACAAAGUACCGCGUACAUCCGGUUCCGUCCAGCGCCAUUUUGAUGAAACAGCGAGGAGAGGAGCUCCACGGACCAAUGAAAUGGAUUUUAUGGAUUUAAACUGAACAAUCAUCUGGAUAAAUCACAUUUUUUGUUUGGGAAAUUAUCGUCGAAGCGGACUAUUUCCUCCCUGGUCGUGUAACUGGCGGAUUAAGAAGAUUGUCUGGCUGCCGCCCGGAGUUAACGUUAGCUGUUAGCUUUUGUUAGGCCGUUGGUGUUUCAUAAUGUGUUGAGUAGCAUGCUUGUUAGCAUUUAUACGCAACUAACGACUUCAGAAAGACAUUUUAGGGUCCGAUAGUAUCGGAAACAUCAAUGUGGACUCCUUCGGGAGGAUUUCCCGGAGUUUUUUGGACGUUUUACAGGGCUCGGUAGGCUUUUAAAAAAGGAACUGCACCAGAGCGGCGCUGAAUAAGACUGUUCGUAGGGGAAGCCAGGGCCCGCUGCUAGCUGCCUGAGCGGCUUGCGGCGCUUUGGGCUUUCCAUCAAGGACAGUUCACCAAGGACUUGGCCUCAUUUAUAUCCGUAUCAUAAAUAUACUGUGCUGCAUGGACUGUCUUGGAUUUGGUGGCAUUACGAUGUGUUUCCAUGAACUUUAAAGGACUGGCGAGGCGCACGAUGCCUCUUAGUGGCGCUUUGGCCUCAUACUUCAUACGUUUUUCUUUGGCACUUAUUUGAUAAGGACUCUGUCGUCUGCGAGCUGAGCAUUUCCACAUUUUAGCCCAUUCUUUUGUCAAGAGUGUUUCAGCAAACUGAAAGAAAGUUUAACAAUUAAAGUCUAAACAAUUAGCCUCAUGUGUUCAGUGUUGACGCUGUUUUUUUAUAUAACCGAUCUGUUUUUUCCUUAAGUUGUGCUUGAUUGAGGUUAUAAGUAGACCUGUAAAAAUGUCGUGUGUUCACUAUAAAUUCUCUUCCAAACUGGACUACAACACAGUCACUUUCGAUGGGCUGCAUAUUACCCUUAGCGAGCUUAAGAAGCAGAUUAUGGCCCGGGAGCGCCUCAAGGCCACAGACUGCGACCUGCAAAUCACCAAUGCGCAGACUCGAGAAGAAUACACAGACGAUGAGGCCCACAUCCCAAAACACUCAUCUGUCAUCGUCCGCCGCACUCCGAUUGGUGGAGUAAAGCCAGCUGGCAGGACGUUCAUUGUAGAUCGUUCUGACACAGCUGUGGUUGGAUCUUCCAGACCCACGGACUCUUCUCCUUCUUUGACUCUUGCUCAGCUUGCCAAGACCCCAAACCUGGUUGAUGCAAAUGCUUCGGAGGAGGACAAGAUUAAAGCCAUGAUGACUCAAUCAAACCAUGAUUAUGAUCCAAUAAAUUACUCCAAGAAAGCAAUUGGACCCCCACCAGCUCAUUAUACCUGCUUUCGCUGUAACAAGACUGGCCACUACAUCCGGCAUUGCCCCUUGCUAAUGACACAGGAUAAAAGUGUGGAUGGUCUCAAGCCAGUAAGAAUCAGUAAGGGUAUACCGCAGAGCUUCAUGGUGAAAGCUGACCCAGGCGCCAAGGGAGCAAUGUUGACGAGCACCGGAGAAUAUGCUAUACCUGCCAUAGAUGCGGAGGCAUAUGCACAAGGAAAAAAGGAGCGACCUCCAUUCGUUCCCCAUGACCAGUCGUCAUCCGAGGAUGAUUCUGACCCGAUCCCAGAUGAGCUCCUGUGUCCGAUCUGCAAUGACCUGAUGACUGACGCUGUGGUUAUACCCUGCUGUGGAAACAGUUACUGCGAUGAUUGUAUCAGGAGUGCUUUGCUAGACUCAGAGGAGCACAUCUGCUACACAUGCAAGCAGUCAGAUGUUUCACCUGAUAAUCUCAUUGCCAACAAGUUUCUUCGACAGGCUGUGAACAACUUCAAGAAUGAGACAGGAUACACCAAACAUGGACGGAAGCAGGUCCAACAUGCAGCUCCACUUCCACCUCGCCCUCAGUUGGUCAGGCCCUUGCAAUCGAGGCAGCAGGAUCCCCUCCUGGUUAAUGCCGCUAACCCUCCUUCAGCAAGUGCACCGACAAUACCGCCCAAAGUAGAAGUCACACCCCCUGCACCUUCUGCCGCAGCUCCUCCUGUUCCUGCUCCUCCUCCUAUUUCCAUCACCACUUCUGCUCCUUCUGUUUCCACCACAACUCCUACUCCUUCUGUUUCCACCACCUCUGCUGCUCCAUCUGUUCCUGACGCCUCAACAUCCCCUGCAACCCCAAGUCCUCCUCAUGCUGAAGCUGGUGAACACAAAGAGGCUUCACCAGUUCCUGCACCUGUUGUUGACUGCCACUCACCUGUGGUCUCAAAGAGCCAGGGUGAACCACCCCCACCAGGAGAGAGUGAUCCAGAGCCUCAUGUGACACGAGCUUCUUCAGGAACCCCUGAAAGACCAUCACAGAGCUAUAGUUUACCUGUUAUUGGCCACCUGCCACCUGCAAGACCAAGUCAUCCACCAGGUCACCAAACACGAUCCAACCAGUCUCACCGAGGUGGAAACAGACACUGGUACAGAAAUAGAGGAGAGCAUCCAUCCACUCAUGUGCAGAGUGCUCCCCCCCCUGCACCUGCCCCUCGAGUCUACCCACCCACCAUGUACCCACCGGCACCACAGCCCUACAUUCCUCAAUACAGUUCAGGGCCGGGUCUCAUCCCUCCUCCUACCAUUAGUUUCCAUCCUCAGCCUCUCUAUGGCCCUGGACCACCAGGGCUUAACCCCCCCUGGGUCACUCCAGGUGCCCAGCCCCCUCUCAUGCCAUUACCUCCAUCCUUGCCACAACCCCCUCUCUCAAAAGAAGACUUCUACAGACAAAGGCACCAUCGACAAGACAAAGUUACGUCCAAACUGGAUGAGUUUACAAAAGAUUUCCAUGAAGAACUCAUGAAAUACAGAAAUGCAUCCAAGAGACGAAGACGAUCAUAUUCCAGGUCCAGGUCAUACAGCCGCUCUCCAUUUAGCCGCUCACCAUUCAGUCGCUCUCCGUAUUCUCGCUCUAGAUCUAGAUCCAGGUCUUACUCUUUCUCUCCCAGUCGAUCCCGCUCUCGAUCCCACGGCCGGUCCUAUCCCCGUUCCCCUUAUUCCAGACGUAAUGGACGUAGUUAUGGGCGUUCAAGGACAAGGUCCCGCUCUCGUUCAAGGUCUUACGGCUACCGACGUUCUGGCUCGCCACGCUCUCCUCUUUCCUAUCGGGGAGGAGGCUGGGACGGAGCAGAAGCUCCCAGACCCUACAGGUCUCGAACGCGGUCACGCUCCCCUGGUGGCUAUCGAGGCCGCAGCCCUGGUGGAAGAAAACCCCCUCCACGGGAGUUACUAGCAUAUGAUCUAAAGGGACAGAGUCCUGCAAGUCAUGACCGUUGGGAAAGAGAAAGGUAUCGACAGUGGGAGAAGGAGUAUGCAGACUGGUACAACAAGUACUACAAAGACUUUGACAACCAGCAUCCCCCUCUGCAUCACCGAGGUCAUGGGAGCAGAGACGGAGAGCGAGAAAAAAUUUCGGCAUCAUCCAGAGAUUAUUCACCCCAGGGAAGAGGAAGACGAGGUAAAGAAGAGAGAGGUGGCCCACCUCAUAAUCCCCCAUCUUCUUCUUCAUCAGGAGCCAAGUCUAGCACUAAAAUCCUAAAGUCAAAGAAAAUCAAAAAGAAGAAGCCUGGAGAGGAGCAAGAGCAGUCGCGGCAGUCUCUGGACCGAGGUGAUGCCACACCUGUUAGAGACGAGCCGAUGGAUGAAAUAUCUUCCAACACUAAAACGCCUCCCAUCUCCUCAAGGCCUCUGCCUUCAGGUGGUGCUGCCACGCCUAAAGCUACAUCUUCUAAAGGUACAGCGGCACCAACUAAACCAGCUACCAAGUCAACAUCAAAGACCCAAGCAGAUAAAAUGAAGAAGGAAAAGCUUCCAAAAGUAAAAGCUAAAGUUAAACCACAGGUUAUCAAGGCAAAGAGUGAGAAGGUAAAGAAAAUGCCCGGAGAAGGUGUAACUACCACUAAGGACUCCUCAACCACUUCUUCUGCUGUCAAACCGAUUAAGACUAUUAAGACCAAGGUGGAUGAUGCUUCCAACUCAUCUGUACCUAAAAAAGAGAAGCCUAAAAGCUCUACAGUGAGACCUGUGAUAAAGACCCCUCCCACAUCCUCUCAGAAUCAGCCUGUACCUCAUCACUCUCUGCUCGAAGGCCCUCGGUCCAGCCAUGACUCACAAAGCAGGAGAGAUCCUUCAAAGAUUGCUGGUCUCCUCCCUCUACAUAGACCUUCACUCCUCCCCCGACCUCCAUCCCCAAUAGAUAGUCGGAGGAGGAUGGGAGAGGACAGUCGCACUUUACUCGGACACCCUGAGAAGCUGAGGAGAAUAGAUGGAGGGGGCGCCGUUUUCCACAGCCACCUCCAUCCAUCCCCAUUUCACAGACUCCCACCCCCCUCUGACAGACCCGGUUUACUCCACCUGCCAGGGACUCGAGAACUGGGCCGAAUAGAUUCAGACCGAGGACCUCUGGUGGACGUUCCGAAGCCAAUGAGAAGGAUCAAGCUGAACAGAGAUCUUGGGAGAAGAGGCAGUAGUGAGGCAGCACCGUCAGAUAGAACUCAGUCCGGUUCUGAGAAAUCAUCCUCCGGGUCAGAUCGAUCAGCUGCUGCUCAUGGCUCAGAAGGAGAUAGACGCAAAAGUACAUCAGAGGGAGCUGGAAGGAAGGAGCCAUCAACAUCUGCAGAUAGAGGAGUUUCCAGAGAGCGACCAAGCGGCGCUGGAGAUAGACACCGCGGCUCUGACAGGGAGCAGGACAGGCCUUCUGCUUCAGACAAAGACAGAGAUGUAGGGUUUACCAGGGAGAGGGACAAGCCCUCUGGGUCAGGCCAACAAAAAGUAUCUGAGGACAGAGAUGACGAGGGAGAGAAGUUUGGAAAGGCAGAGCGAAAAAAUCCCAGCAGUGGAAGUGGAGUAGGUCGGUCUGUCUCUGUGGAUAAAAUGACUAUUGGAGAGAAAUCUGCCAUUUGCAGGAAACUGGCAGAUCAGGAGAAACCAAGUGUGUCCUCUAAGGAGAGAGCGGGAGGCUCAGAGAGAGAUGCUAAAUCUGACAGGAGUAGGUCCAGGGACAGGAUGGAGAGCAGUGGCCUCUCAAGAGAAAAACCAGCUGCCACUCAAAGAGAAGUGAUCAAAGAUGGCCAGGAGAUGGCUGUAAAAAGCAAACCCAGGAUCAGUCGGAAGGCUCUGCCGAGCCAUGUGGUUACUUCUUCGAGGUCAGCUCCAGAGAAAAAGCCAGACUCAGACAAAGAUCAGAAGAAGAGUGCAUUUUCUAAGCCUGCUGAGCAGCCUUCUCCCAGCCCUUUAAGGAGCCGUGAUUGCAGCCAAAGUGUCAGCCCACCUCCUAGCCCAGCUCGGGAGGUGCCGCUCAUUCAGCCACCUCCACGUUCCAAGUGGGAGAGAGAUGAUGACGAAGAAGGCCAGGAAGAGGAUCCUACCCCACCCACCAAGGAACCCUCACCACUGCCGCAGAAAAGCAGAGGAAGAGAGGGACACUGUGAUGCACCUAAACCUGUCAGAGGUGAAGGACAGGAGGCUGUGAAGGAGAAGAAGGGAGCAGUGAAGGAGGAGAAGAAGGGAUCGGUCAGGGAGGAGAAAAAAGGAGUGGUCAGAGAAGAGAAGAAAGGGAAAACACAGAAGGAGGAGGGUAAAAGUGGCAGGGCUACACAAAAAGACUCAGACAAAUCACACAGAACAAAAUCUGCGAGGGAGGAGAGCAGAGGAUCGAAAGAGGAGAGAAGAUCUUCAGCUAAAGAGGAGGAGAGGAGAGGUGGGGGAAGAGAAGAGGGGAGAGGCGGGGUGGGAAAGGAGGAGAGAGCGGCAGAAGGAAGAGUAGCUGGAGGACGAGAGGAGAGUCGUAACCCAGAGCCUAAGAGACAGCGUCUGUGCUCUGAUCUGACCCGCGAGACUGACGAAGCGGCCUUCGUGCCAGACUACAGCGAGGGGGAGGGCUCAGAGCCAGAGAGAGGCCGGAGCGGCAGCCCGAUGAGGUCUCUCAGCCAGCCCUCCCAGAGCCCCUCAAUGAGCAACCACAGCGGCUCGGCUACCACCGCCGACAAGAAGAAGAAGAAACACAAGAGGCAUAAAAGACACAAGAAGCACAAGAAACACGGCAGCCAGGACAAAGACAAAGAGCCCAAACAACACAAGAUCAAACACAAGAAGAAGAAACGCAAAAAGAGCAAAGACAGAGAGGACGACGACGAGGAGAAACAAGAGGAAGAGGCUCCAUGCUAAGAACUUUGUCAAAAAUGAUCCCUGCAAUGCUUGUACAGGAAAUGAUUCUUUUCCAGCUCCAGUUUAAGGGAAUGGAAUGGGAAAGGUGUUUCGGGAAGAACUUUAUUGUGUUUUCUGACAUUUGCUGCUGGAGCGUUCUGUCUUUUGUUGCACCUGAAAACAGCGUCAGGACGGCCGCUCGGGUCUCUGGUCAGGGGCGACUCUGUGAGGCACUAUUUUCAUACAACCACUGUCUGACCAGAAAGGACUUGUUGAUCACAGCAAUCGAUGUAAUUGAUAGGAAUAAUACACACUGUACUCAGGGAUGUGAUUGCUUCUCGUUGAGGAAGAUGUGCUGCUCCUCUUGCUUUGGUUAGUUUGUACAUGAAGAUUUGCUUUACAUAAUUUCUCGGUUCUGUUUGCUUUUCAAGGCUUAACCAUUGAGCUGUUGUCGAUUUAUUCGCAUUGAUUGACCCGUUUAUUUGUAGAGGACCCUGCUACCAGAUUUGCAUGUUUUAGCACAUUUAUUUGAAAAUUAUAAUUAAUUCUCAACUUGGAAAGUAUCUUUUUAGUUUAUGCAAGUGGUAAUUGUUUUGUUUAUUAAAGAGCGAAUCUACAGAAAUUCUAGUAAAUCUUUGCCAGUCUGUUUUCUCAAAAAAAAAAAAAAAAAAAAAUCAGUUGCCACAAGGAAAAAUCAUAAAAUAAAAAAAAUAUUUCCUUUGGAAAUAAAAAAAAGUUUAUUUAGCUAAAACUUACAAAGUGUCAGUUUUUUUCCUUAAAGUGAAAGCAGGCGGUUGUGUAUUUAGACCACACUGGAUUGAACAAAUCAAGGAUGUUUAUUUAAUGACGAUUCAGUCUUGGAGGUUUUUGUUUCUAAGGUACAGUUGUUGCUUCAGAAAAUGUUUGUGUGAAAAUGAGGAUAACUGUUCUUUCAAAUAACAUGGUUUGUUGUUUUUUUUUAAAUAAAAAAUGUUCGGAAAUCAACAAAAUAUCA